GCGCCAAAGCGAGUUUCAACAUGGCGGCGUGACAAUUCUCUCAUUAUCCCCUAUCCGAGUGGUGCGCUUUUAUUUUUCUCGUCGUAAAUAUUGACAACUAUCGAUCGCUCAGGAAUUUAUUGUCAGUUUUUUGCGACAAAGGAGCCUUUGUCUAUUAACUUCUAUAAUUCGAAUAACUUUUUGUCGUCGAGGAGUGAAAAAACAAAAAACCGGUGUACAUUUCGUAUGCUUCGCCGGAAUAAAUAAUUAUCGAAUGGUGUACAUCCUUUUAAAUGAAGAUAAUUUGAGUCUUGACAAUGUUUUGAAGAGGGAACGUGAUUGUUUUAGCAGUGCGAUUAUGUGCGAGUAAUGAAAUUUAACAUUCCAAUGAAUCUUGCUGACCUUUUUUACGGUUAUAAAGGUUUUAUUGAGUGAUCAAAAAUUGACGAUAUGUCGUCGAUGCAGAGCAAAAUGCGAGGGCCUGGUCGUCCACCUAAACCCAAACACUCUUGUACCUGGUGCGGCGAGACUAAACAACUUCUCAAAUAUGUUUUACCAACCCAACAUGGCAAAAAAGAAUUUUGCUCUGAAACUUGCCUAUCUGAAUUUCGAAAGGCCUAUGUACGUGGAGCUUGUGUUCAAUGUGACAAUGUCAUUAGAGGUACUCCUGUCAAAUUGGAACAGAGAGAUGCACCAACCAAAGAUUUUUGUUCUUCAUUCUGUCUCAACAAACAUCAGAAGAAAGAAAUUCAAGCUGAAUCUAAAAAAAAUUCUGGGGAACAACCAUCCCCAGCAGCUUCUCCAGCACCUUCCGGAAUACCCAGCACUAAUGGCAAUUCUUCCUUGACUCCCACCUUCUCCUCCACUUCUACAGUUUCGACACCUCCAAUUCCAAUAAAUCCUUCCCCGAUCAAUCCAUCAGUGAAUUCCCAUCCCCCGUCCACAUCUAGCGGUCCCUUUCAGUACGAAACUUAUCAGACCUUUGACUGGGAAUUGUAUCUGAAAAAGACCAACAGCAUUGCUGCUCCAUCAGACUGUUUCAAACAGCAUGAAUCACCACCGACGAACGAUUUCAAAAUGGGAAUGAAAUUGGAAGCUCUGGACCCGCGGAAUUUGACGUCAACUUGUAUCGCAACUGUAGUGGGAGUUCUUGGACCACGUUUGCGACUAAGGCUUGAUGGUUCUGACAAUAAGAAUGACUUUUGGCGUCUUGUAGAUAGCAACGAAAUUCAUCCGAUUGGACACUGCGAAAAAUCGGGUGGUAUGUUACAACCCCCGCUAGGGUUCCGAAUGAACGCCUCAAGUUGGCCAAUGUUUCUAUUGAAAACUUUGAAUGGCGCUGAAAUGGCACCGGCAAAAGUAUUCAAACGAGAACCGAAAAAGCCCCGAGUAAAUAUGUUUGCAAUUGGACAAAAACUCGAAGCGAUAGACAAGAAAAAUCCUCAAUUAAUUUGCACUGCUACUGUCGGUGCUGUCAAGGAUGACAUGAUACACAUUACCUUCGACGGCUGGAAAGGAGCUUUUGAUUAUUGGUGUCGAUACGAUUCCAGGGAUAUUUUCCCUGCUGGCUGGUGCUUCAAGAGUGGACAUCCCUUACAACCUCCUGGACAAAAAUCUACAGGGCCAAAUAGAUUCAAAUCCAGAACGAGCAAUGUUCUACCGGUCAUGGCUGUCUCUGGUAGCGGAGCCGGAUCCGAACCAGCAGUUGCUCUUGUCAGUCCUGCAGGGUCAAGUGCACCGCCUCAGCCUGCCACCGAACCAGACACCAGUACAGCGAAUAGCAAACCCCGUGUUCUUGAAAAUGUUACGAUCUAUGUAAAUCACAAUUGUGCUUGCGGGCCCUAUUUCGAUCCUCGGAAAGUGAAAGCGAUGCCAGGACAAUUUGGUAGUGGUCCUAUAUUAACCGUGGCCCGUGAAAUUUUCCAAACUUUUCUGAUGGCUGCGAUGAGUCCUCGACAAAUGCUGAGUCUGGUAAAACGAGGCGAAGGUGAAACGAUAAAUUUGAAUCUAGAGAGCCAACCGACGAGUGUGAGGUUGCCGGUAUUCCUCGAGGAGGAAGAUUUUUACGUUUACAUCAGACGACAACUCGAAGAUCUUUGUGCUUGUGAGAACAUGCUGUUUAAAAGGAAAGAAAUAUGUACCAAAUGCCCGGUUGUACAAGCUCCGCAAUCGACCAAUCACGAAGAAGGCGUUAAUAUUGUAAAAACAGAAAAGAGAAAAUGGUCAUCGGAAAGUCAACCCAACAAUGCGACAACGAUCACAACCCAACAGCCAAAAACACAAUCCUAUGCACCAUCCACGACCAUUAAUUCGACACCAUCGUCGCCGACGGCGGCAAAAAAACCACUCAGAUCUGUACCUGAAUUGGAAGCGGCGACUUCAACGACACAAUCCGAAAGUCCAGCGACUCGCAUAUCGUCAACCGAACCUGCAGAGUGGACAAUCGAUGACGUGAUUCAUUAUAUAUCUACCACGGAUCCAGCUCUUGGAAUACACGCGGAUCUUUUCCGGAUACACGAGAUCGAUGGCAAAGCACUGCUUCUUCUGACUUCGGAUACGAUGAUGAAGUACAUGGGUCUUAAACUCGGGCCUGCUUUGAAAAUAUAUAAUCUGGUCAAUCGUAUAAACGGACGACGUCACCUGAUGCUGUGACCUAGUCCGUCGUCGAAGUAAAAAAAUUAUACCAUCUGGGACGACGAUUGAUCGAGGGCAGUGACUUUUCCGUCUAUUGAUACGACUAUUUCGUUUAUUCGAAGAGUAAAAGUGAUAAAUAUCUCCAUGGAUUCAUUGACUAUCGGGCGUAGGUCUUUGUUUUUCCUGGAGCCAAUCAAUUGAGUUGAUGUUAAAUACGCAUUGUACAAAAAAUACCAGGGCGUGGUGAAUUAUCAAAUAAGGCAAUCCUCAUUCGUAUAUAUAUAAAUAUAUAUAUAUAUAUAUUUACAGGGACUCCCAAGUUUGAAGGUUAAUGAUAUAAACUUUAUGGGGAGAGGGAAUUCCGAAUUGCAAAACCUCACACUGUUUUUAAAAGAGACUAUCAAGAAAUAUUAUUUACAUUAAGCAAAAUUUUUAUAUUUUUUUCUCCACGAUUCAGUCGUUUCCAUAUGUGUUGUCUUGAAAAUUUAUUGCUCUAUUGCCUGACGAUAGUUUUUUUUUUUUUUUCAUUUUACCGUGAGUGUGACCAAGUCAUUAAAAAUAACGCAGAGAUUUGAACAAUCGAAGUUCUAGAGCAUAUAAUUUUCUAUAAAAAAGUUUUUGGCGAGACCACUUUAACUGCAGCGACUUUCGAACAAUCAAGAUAGCACCUUGUUUUCAACACUUACUGAUAAGCUCUGACUGUGGAAAAAUUGAAACUCUUUAAAGUUAACUCAUUUAUAGAACGCUACAAAUACAUUCAUAAGACGAAUUAUAUUGGGGAAUUUCAACAUUCAGUCUCGAACAUAAGUUUAUAUUGUUUACCCAUAAACUUGAUGCAACCUGUAUAGAUACAAGUUUUAACCAUAGCGAUCGAUAUCGGUGGAUUAUUAUGAAUCGCGUGUGCUCGUAUGAAAAAAUUACAAGGGGGGGGGAGUAAAAACUACAUUGUCGAAUCGAAAAAUCACUCGACGAUAAUUCUAUUAUAGACAUGAGCUCUCAAAACAAAUUUUCGCACAAAACAAUUUAUUUCGUUUUAUACGUAUACGUAGAUAGAUUUAUUAAUUUUCGAUCGAAGCCUAGUGGAGGCUUUUACCGGGAAUUUGGCUGCUCAUUUUUCUUUUGAUCUCUGUGAAGUAAUUUCACUCCAUUGAAGUCGUUAGAAAAUUUACUUCUCGAACAUUUAAAAAAUUGCUACACCAAUCGAAUUUUGUUAUGUUGAGUUUAAUUAUGAAUCUCCCCUAAUUAUGUAUCUCCCCACCGUGAGUGCGGGAGAGAUACCUAAAGAUUCGGAAAGUGAAAUAUUUUUACACGGUGCAGUCGAUGGAAAAAAGCUCUACCAACAGAUUUUAGCUUGUGAAGUGAAGAGACUGAUCUAUCAUCUUGAAUAAGGAGAAGGAUCAAUCUUGUUUCUACGUAUAUUUUCUGAAAAAAUGUGCAGUCAAAUCGCUAACCCAAGCCCACAGUCUGCGGUCAAAAAGUAAUGAAUCUACCUGUAUAUAUGAUUGCGUAAAAACUUCAACUCCCAACGAAAUACAUCAGUAUGUGUUCACGAUUAAACGUGAAAUAUUGCUUUCGUAAUAAACUUUUCAUUUUGAAUUGAUUCAAGAAGAUAAAUUGCCGACUGACGUUAACAAAGACUGUCAUUUGAAAAAUCUCUUCGACUCAGCUACCCUACGGAGGAUUUUUGUUUUCAUUUUCAACGAUACGGUCGAGCUUUUCAAUUUUUUAAAUCAAUUCUUCGGGUUACAAAGCAUCUUUGCUCUGACGAUGGGACGAUAAUUUUACUCCCGUUUCUUUCAUUACUUUAUUUUAACGGUGUACAUGAUAUUUUUGAAGGUUCGUUAUCAUAUAAAUCCAUAUAUGUUCAUUCGCAUAUUUUGGAACAUAUGAAACAUAUUUAUAUAAAUUUUUCAAUAAAUUCCGGGAUGAACGCACUCAAUUUAGCUGAACGAUGGAAUGUUGAAUUUCACGAUAUUUUAAGCUCUUUCUGAAAAAUCAUUGAAAUCUAAUAAAAAAAAGUUGCACAUAUAAAAAUUUGGAUACGAAAGUGAUUUGUAUUUUUUCUCAAAUAUAUUUAUCCGCGCGGAUGAUUUUAUUGUUACAAUAUUUGUUUUUGUGAUAUCAUCGUCCGAGGAUGAAUGCAUAUGCAUCAAUGAUAAUCCUGUAACCUUUAUAAAAAUCUUAUUUUAUUGAUGCUCCGUAUACGAUAUGAGAAACUCAGUAGAUCGCAAUCGUAAAUGAAAAAUCUCGACGGUGGCUUGUCUUAUUCUUUCCGAGCAACCGUAUGAGAAGAAAUAGAUUGUUGCUUCUCCAUUAUCUACCGUGAAGAAUUAUUUUUUCUUCGUGUCACAUUGAAUUGUGAUUUAAAUGCUGCGUCAAACGACGAAAUCAAUUUUAAAUUCGGUCUCUAUUAUGUAGACACGCAUUAAGUAUUUUUACCAAAGGCAAUCAGUAGUUCACCCAGUAAUUAAGUAAAUUUGUUUUGUUUUUUUUGUAAAUAUAUUCUAUUCAAGAGUAUCAGAUUCGUAUUCUUUCCACGAGAAAUUUCGAAUAUGUUGAGCCGUAUUAAAAUAAUCCUUGAGGUUUUUUUCAACACCGUACGAGAUACAAAUUCAGAUAAUCAUGGCAUAAACGUCUUCGUUAAUUUUGUGUACUUGUAUUUCUAUUAAGUAUUGCAUAAUCUCGUUAUGAAAGGUACAAAGAAUUAACGAAUAGUAUUUUAUGCACUUAGGGCGAGUUGUUCCUACUUUUAGGUAAGCCUACCCGACGAAGGUCUUCACGUCAAUGCUUUUACCCGCCAGAUAAGCUACCUAGAAGUUGGAACAACCCGCCCUUAGGGAGGGAAAGUAGGCUACUUCAAACCACGGGCAGAAUUAAUAAGCGCACGAUUUGAGGUAGUUAAUUCACUCCCGUGAGGCGUAUUUUCUUUUUCACCACGCCUGCACUGAAAGUUUAACUUCCAGUGCAUGUGUGAUGAAAAAAGAUUUUUUUUUUUUGGUUCUUUUUAAGUCCGUUACACUCAAGGAAUCAGCAGGAAAUGUGAUAAAUUCACAAAAUCGAACGAUCGCAAUCUAUUGCGAGGGACAUGCCCGUGGCUGCGUCUGCUGUUAUCUGUAAGAAUCAUACAUACUAUUAUACUUGUCGCAAAUGUAUUAUAAAUAACGGAUACGAGUUCGAUUCAGUAUGUGUAUGUAUAUAACAAUAUCCUGUACAACAAUUUACGUUGCUCGUCAUAAUCUUUUGGUUACAAUUAAUAAAAUCACUACCAACGUGAAAUAUAUCUUUUUCGGUGAAAA